GACCGCAAACCCAAAAGAGUUGCCUCUUCUCUGUCUCUCAAUCGCCCGUUCCCAUGGCGGCGGAUAUGGAAUCGAUGGCGGCGGUGAUCGGGGUCUCCAUUCCCGUCCUCCGUUUCCUUUUCUGCUUCGUGGCCACGAUUCCGGUGAGCUUCAUGUAGCGGGUCGUCCCCGGGACGCUCCCCCGCCACCUUUACGCCGCCCUCUCGGGGGCGGUUCUGUCCCACCUCUCCUUCGGAGCCUCCUCCAACCUCCAUUUCCUCAUCCUCAUGGCCAUGGGCUACGCUUCCAUGGUCCUCGUCCGCCGCUACGCCGGCCUCAUCACCUUCUUCCCUGGCUUUGCGUACCUCAUCGGAUGCCAUAUGUAUUACACGAGUGGGGAAGCAUUGAAGGAAGGAGGGAUUGAUGCAACAGGAAGGAGGUGAAGAAAACAGGUUCCUCUGAAUUUUCUUCACUGAUAGACUAAAUUUUGCAUGCUGCUGCAUUGACAAGCUUAUGCAGGAGCUCUCAUGGUGCUAACUCUUAAAGUCAUAUCUUGCACAAUAAAUUACAGUGAUGGGCUGCUUAAGGAAGAAGACUUGCGUGAGGCUCAGAAAAAGAAUCGAUUAAUACAUUGUCCCUUUUUAUUUGAAUAUAUUGGUUACUGUCUCUGCUGUGGAAGCCACUUUGUAGGGCCUGUCUAUGAAGUAAACGAUUAUCUUGAGUGGACAGAACACAAAGGAAUUUGGGCUGCUUCCGGUGACAGACAAUCGGCAUCACUUGGUGCAGCAUUAUGUGCUUUGCUUCAAGCUGCAAUAUGUAUCGGUUUAUACUUGCAACUGGUACCACAUUAUCCACCUUUUCAGUUCAGUGAGCCUGUAUUCUAUGAAUGGGGUUUCUGGCAAAUUCUGUUCUACCAGUACAUGUCUGGAUUCACUGAACGUUGGAAGUACUACUUUAUAUGGUCAAUCUCAGAAGCUUCUAUUAUCAUAUCUGGUUUUGGGUUCAGUGGUUGGUCAGAUUCUUCUCCUCCUAAAGCACUGUGGGGCCGUGCAAAAAAUGUUGAUAUUCUUGGGAUGGAGUUUGCUACUAGUGCAGUUCAGUUGCCGCUUGUAUGGAACAUACAUGUCAGCACUUGGCUACGUCAUUAUGUUUAUGAAAGGCUCAUUCAGAAAGGGAAGAAACCUGGAUUCUUUGAGUUGCUGGCUACAGAGAUGGUUAGUGCUGUUUGGCAUGGACUGUACCCUGGAUAUAUCAUAUUUUUUGUUCAGUCUGCAUUGAUGUUUGCAGGUUCACGGGUAAUCUACAGAUGGCAACAAGCUGUCUCCCCAGAGAAUCUUUUGUUCAGAAAGAUGCUGAUACUAAUGAAUUUUGCCUACACUCUCCUCGUUGUCAAUUGUUCGUGCAUUGCUUUCAUGGUUUUGAGCCUGAAAGAGACCCUCGCAGCUUACCAGAGUGUAUAUUUUGUUGGCACUAUCGUUCCCAUCAUAUUUAUCCUGCUUGGUUAUGUUAUCAAACCAGCAAGACCUGCAAGGUCCUAGACAGAAAACCCAAUAAGACAAGAAGGUUCUUUAGUUUUUGUUGGUGCGCUGACAGAAGAGGUGAACGUUGCAACUUCUGGUUAUGGGAUUUUCACCCUGAUCCAGAGUUGGUCGAGGAUAUUUGUCUUUAUGAAUGCAGCUCUAUUUCUCCAUCUCUCUUCUUGUGUCAGCUAAGACACUUGGCUUCAGAAACUUAAUUUUAUUUUCUAACUAUGCUAAUUUCAUCA